CCCAUUGUUCAUCAUUCCACUUUUUCCACAGUCCCAUUCACAGAAUCGAAAACUCCGGUGACUGUCAUCCGACGAGAUCCAGACGAACACCCUCAUAAAUCUCACCUUUUUCGCCUUCAAUCCUACCGGAAUAUUCCCCAACCGUAUUCUCCGCUCAACAGGUUAGGGGAAUUCUGGUGGUGUAUAGAUGGGGCUGGUGUUUACGCGAUUGUUUUCAUCACUUUUCGGAAACAAAGAAGCUAGGAUCCUUGUGCUUGGGCUUGAUAAUGCUGGAAAAACAACAAUACUUUAUCGGCUUCAGAUGGGUGAAGUUGUCUCCACUAUUCCAACGAUCGGGUUUAAUGUGGAGACGGUGCAGUAUAAUAAUAUAAAGUUUCAAGUUUGGGAUCUCGGUGGGCAAACCAGCAUCAGGCCAUACUGGAGAUGCUAUUUUCCAAAUACUCAAGCCAUAAUCUAUGUGGUCGAUUCAAGUGACACAGAAAGACUAGUAAUUGCUAAAGAAGAAUUUCAUGCAAUUUUAGAGGAGGAAGAGUUAAAAGGUGCUGUGGUUCUCAUAUUCGCUAACAAGCAGGAUCUUCCCGGUGCACUUGAUGAUGCUGCUGUGACGGAAUCCCUGGAGUUGCACAAAAUAAAAAACCGUCAGUGGUCAAUAUUUAAAACAUCUGCAAUCAAAGGCGAAGGCCUCUUUGAGGGCCUAGACUGGUUGAGCAACACACUCAAGUCUGGAGGUGGCUAAACCUUUCUCGUCAGGUGCCGCACACACAAGUUCGUGACUUAUUAGUCUGAUUGAUAUGGUCUUUAGCUGUGAAAGCCAUAAUGUCUUUUGAAGGCCGAAUACUGAUGUAUUACUGAAGUAUCUAAACUGUAGUGUCAUACCACCAUUUUUCUUGUUUGGUACAUCUUUGGUUGCUUCAUAGCUCGAUUGUUAUACUACAUUACUUUCUGUUCGAAAAUUUUCUUCCAUAGAUCAUAUAACUUCUGUUUUCUCCUUU